AUGAGUAGGAUGCCGCAUAUUCUUCCUGUUUUAUUACCUCCCUCUACACUCAGACCUCUUGUUUUUCGGAUUCUUACAAAGAAGCAUUCAUUGACUGUCACAUCUCUGUCGUUACAGGCUCUUGCCCAUUUCGUGGGAAAAAACUGUGGUUCCGAAUGGCGUGAGCAAGGCCUUGCUGAAGUUUUACUAGAUGAGGUUGCUAAGAGCUGGAAGGAUGCUGGAGGAGGAGUUAUAGUUGAAGACAAUCCGACGGGUUUACUUCAACAAGUAUUGGGAGCACUUCAGGUCCGCAUUAGUAGCGGACGCGUUUUACGCUUUCCACAAGAGCAGUCGCUGGCAAACGUCUAUAAUCAACACAGUGAUCGAGGCACGCGAAGUUUUUCGGAAACCCAGCCAGGUAAAACAGAUCGUAAACCAGGCACUGAUGUCUCUUACUCGGACGACAUACCGCUGAAUGAUCUAAGCCAAUUAAUUAGGGUAGUUGAUGCUUUUAAUCAACCUCAUAUAACAUACUGCAGGGAACAAAAAGGAUUUCAAAAUUACUCAUCCUCUAGAUCCGUCUUUUCUUCACCAUCACACAGGGUCAAGGCUUUCAGAGACAGGUACAAUCGCUUAUACCAGCGCGUACUGAGAAACAAAUAUUUCCAACAAUCGCCCCUUGCUUCAGUCAAUAUCCAGUGGCCUUCUUUUACCUUGGAUUCGACUUUGGCCGGCAGCUACAGUCUAACUUUGGUUUCUAGUCUUCAAGGGCGAAAUGGAACAUCCCAUUUACUGCUUGGCCUCCUUCAUGUGUCUUCUACAGGGGAUUAUUCUUUAUCGGAUCUCACGGGAAGUAUUAUACUUGAUUUGCAAUUCGCAAAGGCUGUUCCCGAGACUGGAACGUGGUUUACGCCCGGUAUGAUUCUUCUUGUCGAUGGAAUUUAUGAAGCAAGCAUCGCGACGGGUGCUCAGCUUGGUAGAGACUCAGGUUCGAUCGCUGGGAAAUUCACUGUCCUGUCCAUCGCAGGUCCCCCUUGUGAACGAAGGGAAGUAUCUUUAGGGUUAAAUCUGCCCUCUUGCUAUGAAAAUAACCCCAUCGAGGGAUUUGGCUGGACCGACUUUCUUGGCGUUGGGAGUGAGCGUGCAAACGGUGCACAUAUGAGGCGUGUGAGACGACGGUACUCGCAGCUUGACUCAUCUGAUGUCGUCUCUACUGUUCGAACGCAGUUCGUAAUCAUAAGUGAACUUAAUCUGGAUAACCCCAAGGUGCUGGAAGGCCUUGGAAAGGUUUUUCGUGGUUAUAACUCAUUUCCUGUCGAGCGUGCUCCGCUCGCGUUUAUACUAAUUGGGAAUUUUGUCGGACGGGCUGCCAUGAACAGUGAAAACCAGAUUGGCAGUGUUGAUUUCAAAGAACUCUUUGACCGGCUUGCUGUCGUCCUCUCGGAGUUUCCAGCUCUACUCCAGAGCUCUACCUUCAUUUUUAUUCCUGGAGACAAUGACCCCUGGGCAUCAAGUUUUUGUGCAGGAGCAUCAACAUCAAUACCCCGUCCUCCUGUUCCCGAACUUUUCACUUCCCGAGUUCGUCGUGUGUUUGGUACUGUUAACGAAGGGAGCAAAAUUCGCAAAGGGACGGCUCUACAAGGUGGAGCGAUCUGGACUUCGAACCCUACACGUAUCAGUAUAUUUGGGCCAGUACAAGAACUUGUGGUUUUUCGUGAUGAUGUUUCUGACCGCCUACGGCGGACAUCGCUACACCUGCCCUACAAUACUACCUCAUUACCAAUUACAAAUUCUAUGGAAAGCUCGAAACAUUCAUGUGCCGAAUCCGGGGCUAUCAGUCGUAAUAGGACAGCUUUCGAAGAGGACCCGCAACCUCCACAGCCUAUCGAGGGGGGGAACUUGACUCGAAAUCUGACAACUCAGGAUGCUUCAAGACGAAAACUCGUGAAAUCGCUUCUUGACCAGGGGCAUCUUUCUCCAUUUCCGACAACCAUCAGGCCCAUUCUAUGGGAUUAUUCUGCUAGCCUUCACCUCUACCCACUACCCACAACUUUGAUACUAGCAGACCCUGCUACAGGACCAUUUUCCAUGACUUAUGAAGGCUGUAAUAUUCUGAAUCCCGGCAGCUUCGUAUCCAAGAGUAUCUCUGGCCAAUUUGUUUGGAUCGAGUAUGAUAUAAUAACAAAUAAAAGUUGUACGAUAGAGAAAUCAUUAUGA